CAAGGAAGAAAUGACAACUUCGAAGGUAUGAGUACCAACAGCCCUAGACUGGAGUUAUUGAAAGAACCUUACAGGAAAGACUUAGUACAACUCUCAAUACUUGAAAUAAGACACAAGAUAGUGAAACUGGAAGCCACACUCAAUACUGACAAUGAAGGUGGUGAAUGGAAAACUUGUUACGGGGCACAACUUCAACUGAAUGAUCAACUAGAAAACCAAAUUUUUUCUCUUAAAGUGAAAAUGGAAACAAUCUGUGGAAAUCCUUCAGAUAUAUUAUCUUCUAUUCAUGUCUACGAGCAAAUGCCAGUGGAAUCCUUAAAUACAUUACUUAGAUGGCUAGAAAAAGAAAAAAAGAGUCCUGAAAGUGAAGUGAAAAUCUAUGCACUUCAACUGGAGCAUGAAUCAAGGGCUUACCACAAGACCAUUGAACUUCAAACAUACCUAGCUGAAAUGUCUCAGGUCUCUGGCUCACACCAAGUUUCUAAGAGGCAGCAGAAGAUCUAAGUUUCUGAAGAUCAGCUCCAUAUAAUGAAAGGGAAUCUAGUGAAAACAGUAAGACUUAAUCCAGCUAAUCAGAAGAUAGUGACUGCCAAGACAGGACCAGAAUAAAAGAUAAAAUCAAACCAUCUUUCAAAACUCAAUGCAUGA